GCAUUUAUAGAGCAAUUUCGCGAACAAUAAUAGUGUUAAAAACAAAUAGUUGAGCCAGUGUGUGCACGUGUCCAACGUGAGGCAAAACUUCAACUAAAAAAAUGGAUUCAUUAUCGUUCUAGCAUUUGGAUUAAUGGAAAAGCGGAUCGAGCCAAUAUAUUCUACUUCUUGACUCAACCGGCAGAAAAUACUGCAUGGCUCGUCGGCCUGAGAGACUCACGGGAGAGGAAAGUCCCUCUAUCACACAUUUGUUCUUGAAUAUCCAAUGCAGAAUGUCUCCUUCAUGAAGUGCCAGUUGUCUCCAGUCCACCUUAAUUUUUGCGUCUCGGUGCAAGAGAACCGAGAUGAACAUUGAGAGGAAAUGCUAACAGAAAGCAAAACUGCAGAAAGCAGAAAACGACUUUCUGUGAGGCGACAGAUGAUCCAACAAGCAUUUGGUUUGAGAUCCCUGCGUAUAAAAGAAUGGGCGUGGCUGACCUACUUCUGGAUUCCCUCCAGUUCUCCCGCUCACCUGUUCCUGAUCAGCCAGUUCUCCUGCACCUGUCUCACCUGGAUACUCCCUCUGCUCUGCCCUCUGGUCAUUGUUCCUGGACGUUCAGCCUGAUUCUGAACCGAUGAUCACCACAGAUACAUUCGUUGAUUAACAAAGCAUUGUGAGGAGUGCAUGGACAGAGGGUAGAGAUGCCAUUUCGUGUGCAGUUACUGCAUGAUGUCACCGUGAGGGCGGAGUUAUGCAAACGACGAAGAAGAAGCAAAGGGAGGAUGCGCGCCUCGGUCACUCCCAUCACCAUCAUCACCACCAUCCUCUGAGGUGUGUCUGCGCCGCUGGAGCUGCAGUCAGACGGCCAGCAGAAAGACGGGCUGCCGGUGGACCGACAGAAAACGACGCUCACUCUGUCCUGAUCCGGUUCACAGGGAACAUGGCGUCAAAAUGUCCCAAAUGCGACAAGACGGUGUAUUUCGCCGAGAAGGUGUCGUCUUUAGGGAAAGACUGGCACAAGUUCUGUCUCAAAUGCGAGCGCUGCAACAAGACGCUGAAUCCAGGAGGCCACGCCGAGCAUGAUGGGAAACCUUAUUGCCACAAGCCCUGCUACGCUGCCCUCUUUGGGCCAAAAGGCGUGAACAUCGGCGGAGCUGGUUCCUACAUUUACGACACUCCUGUCAACGAAGCCCCCGCAGCCGUCUCCAUGGAAACAGAUGCUAAACCAGAGGAGGAGAAAAAAGCCCCUGCCCGGGGACCAGUAAAGGCUGCAAGCUUUUCAUCUUUCUCUGGAGGACCCAACAUCUGCCCCAGAUGCAACAAGACGGUAUAUUUCGCCGAGAAGGUGUCGUCUCUUGGAAAAAAUUGGCACCGGCCCUGUCUGCGCUGUGAGAGAUGCAGCAAGACUCUGGCUGCCGGCAGCCAUGCAGAGCAUGAUGGACAGCCGUACUGCCACAAGCCAUGCUACGCUGUGCUGUUUGGACCCAAAGGUGUAAACACUGGAGGUGUCGGCAGCUACAUCUACGACGAUCCUGAAGCUGAGGCACAGCCUUGAGCCCUGAUGCUGUCUCCAGCUCCCAGACGAAGUUCCACCUCCAUGUCUCUUUGAUUUGCCUUCAGAUGUCAUGGUGACAAAUGAAAUGUACUGCACUCACAGGGAUGGAUAUUUAGAUGUUUAUGUUGUAUUUGUAUAUUGUUUAUAUAUCUAUUUUUUGUACUGAAACAAACCUUUAACAUGUCCUCCCAUGUGAGUUUCAGAUUUGCCUUUCAGUUUCUUGGUUCUCUUUGCCAAAUACUUAUUAGCCCAUUAUGUAGUGGAGCGACUGUUUUUUCACUCACGAGUAAUAGUUUUUAGAACUUUUGUGCACUUAAAACAUAUAAUGUAUGAAAAAAAAAAGUACCAGCCCACCAGUUUAUUGUCAGUGUUUUUUGAAGUUCAUCCUGGCUCUAAAAUGAAGGAUGGCGGAGUAGACGUAGUGAAGAGACGCACACUUUACCGAAUGUUAAUGAAGGUGAGUUUGGGGUCUGUUGUGAACAAA